GUCUAUCUGGGCGAGCAGUACGUAAAUAAUUCUACACUGUCUGAUGUAACAUUUUUAGUUGAGGGCAAACUGUUUUAUGCCCAUAGGAUUUGUUUACUAGCUUCUUCUGAUGCAUUUCGAGCUAUGUUUGAUGGUGGCUACCGGGAGAGAGAUGCCAAAGACAUAGAGAUCCCAAAUAUCCGAUGGGAUGUUUUUGAGUUGAUGAUGAGGUACAUAUACACAGGAUCUGUAGAUGUGAAUUUGGAUGUUGCACAGGAUCUUCUAAGAGCUGCAGAUCAGUAUCUAUUAGAGGGCCUUAAACGCCUCUGUGAGUAUGCCAUCGCACAGGAUAUAUCUGUGGAAAGUGUCUCUCUCAUGUUCGAGUUGUCGGAGGCAUUUAAUGCUUUGACAUUACGUAACGCUUGCAUUCUAUUCAUUUUGGAAAAGUUUGACCAAUUAAGCGUCAUGCCAUGGUACUCACAUUUGAUUCAACGUGUAUUGCCCGAGACUCGUAGUUACUUUGUAAGGGCGCUUAGCAGGGCUAAUCAAGCUGAUAUUAGAGUCUAGAUGUUUCAGAUUUAGUUUUGUUCUUUUAUUAAUUGUAAUCACGGCAGGAAGUAUGUAUAGGGGUGGCUACUAUUUGUAAUAGUCUCAAAAUGAGAGCUAAUGUAAAAUUCCACAUAAAUACACCAAUUUUAGAUCUCUGGAUGGUCAACGGAGCUUAUCAAGUAAGGUUUCAGCGUUUGCUAUGUUGUUACGACUGGUCUUUGAUGAGGUAAAAGAAUCAGUAUUUUUAU